UAUCAAUAAACAAGCUUAUUGUGGCUUGCUAAGUCAUUAUCACUCACUCUAAUUUAUCAACUUUUUUUUUUGUUGAUCUCAGUUGUCAAUUAUAAACGUUAACUAGAAAAGAUUGACAAAAGGAAUUGGAGUUUCAACAUCCCACACCCCCAUUUCAAACUUCCCGCCGUUUCUAUCUCUUUAACUCUUUUUCGCUCCCUCGCAAUAAAAUCUUAGCAUUUCUAAAGACUUUAAUCAAAUCCGGUCAACAUCUAAUUCAAAUCAGCUUGCAGUUGGAAUUCAAACUGGAGUUAGUCGGACUUUUAUGCAAGGGUGCUUUCCUGUUUUAUUGCGUGGGCCUGGCAAGAUUCACAAUCAUUCCACCUUCAUAACUGUCGCUAUAGAGUGGAUAAUUGAAGCCAGUUGUGCUUUCCCAACUUGUAUUCAGGUUAGUUGCUGCUACUGCUAUAGCCAUGGGCUACCUGAUGGUACAUACGAAUACCUAAUGGAAUCUCUCAUAAGACCUUAUGCAAGUGGGGGGGAAAAACAUGGUUUGGGGACUUGAGAGGCUAAAGCUGAUUAUAAACUGGGAGGCAGUUAAAUUACUGAAACAAAGCUGUAAAAAAUCUGCAUUCAGACCCAGUCCAAUUGUAACAGAGUUGAAUCAGUUGAUCUGCUGUUAUGUUACCUGCAGGAAAUCAGGUGAUAAAUCUGACAAAAACAAUUCAUGCACCAAAAACAGUACAACUUCACCUUCAUCUUUUGUCCAUGUGUUUGGUAAAUUGUACAUUUUGAUGCUCUACUGUAUGUUGAGAUAUUGCCCUUGUGACUUGUGAGGUGUGACCCAUUCGCACCAAAAAGAAAACAAGUACGGAGUUGAUGAUCUGGCUGUAGUUUUCUGUUGAAUAUCUGAACUAAUGAUUCAUGUCUUGUCAUCUAAUUCCGUCCUAACUCUGCUCUACUUGUUGUUUUUUUUUUUUGACACCGGCAGUCUGUCUUUGUUGUGUACCUUAAAUCAAAUAGCAGAAACUUUUGUUUUUCA